AUGGUGGACUGUGAAGACACGAUGGUGUCGCUAACAUUCAAGACAAGGAAACCAUUCACCGGUCGAGUGUAUGUUCGCGGACUGGCCGACGAUGACCGGUGCUCUCGGAAUUUCGCAUCCAAUGUCGACCAGAACAAAUUCUCGAUGAUGAUCCAAAAUGGUGAUUGCACAAUGCAACGCCAGCGAGUCACCGGCUCUUUGGAGGUAUCUGAGUUUUCCAGUAUUCCUGUAAAUAUUUUCUAA